AUGUACCAUAUACAAGAAAAUCUGAAAAUCAAGUAUCGAGGCAAGGACAUCGUUACGUUAUUUAGAAAAGCUGUAAAAGCUUACAGUUUUCAAGAAUUUGAAAAGUUUAUUAUCGAAAUAGAAAGUAAAUCCUAUGAUGCAUGGGAGUAUCUGACAGAGAUGGGCAUCGAACAUUGGGCACGAUCACAUUUUCUAGGACGUAGAUACAACAUGAUGACGUCGAACAAUGCGGAGUCGCUCAAUGCCUUAUUCAAGAAAGAUCGAGAGUUACCAAUUCUCGCAAUGCUUGAGAACAUUCGUGAUAAGUUGCAACAAUGGUUUCAUGAUCGUCGUGAGGAAUCACAGUGUUGCAUAAGUGUGCUAACCCCGACUCAGGAAGAUAAACUCUUCAAGACUCUAGAUGUAGCAAGAAAGGUAUGUGUAGAACCACUGGAUCAGUUUCGCUUCUUCGUGAGAUGUGCACGUAAUUUCGGAUACAUCAUCGACUUGAAUAAUAACACGUGUACAUGUAGACAGUUUCAGUUGGAGAGUUUUCCGUGUACACGUGCAGUGGCAGUGGCUAUGUAUAGAGGAAUUCUACCACACACCUUAUGCAGUGCUUAUUACACGACUGGUUCUUGGAGAGUAGCAUAUGUCGAAACCAUAUUUCCUGUACCGAAUGAAGUUGAGUGGGAAGUUCUCGGUCACAUUCUCUCAUUGAAUAACUUGUUGUCACCAGCACUCAGCCCACGUACUCCUGAAUGUAUACGAACGUCUAAAAUACCAUCGAUCGGAGAAUUUCUACGACCUUGUAAGUGCGACAGGUACGGUGCAACAGGACAUACUAAAAGAUUUUGUACAAGUCAGAUCUCUCUACAUGACAACGUAACAGAUGUAUAA